AAAACGCCUCCUUUCGCCGGCGACACGAGGCGUCGGCAGUGACCGGCUGGUGUCCGCAAUUGGGCCGAAGCGAAGUUGGGAACGUGGUAGGCCUUGCACGAGAGCGAGAGGAGCGUAUGUACAGUGUGUGUCGCCCUACGCGUGACGGUUACGCCGUUCCUCGCUCGGUCCCGUACACUUGCUAUUGCCACUGUUACAAAAUUAUCAUAUUUAUCAUACUUCCCUGAAUAUCUUUCUUUCUCUCUUUGUCCCUCUCGUUCAUUCGCUCGCUCGCUCGCUCUCUCGCUGCGCUUGACAGCGGGGCUCGAGUACCAAGCUCCGACAACCCGACCGAUCACGUUCUCGCACACGACCGGAAGGAGGAAGCCCGUCCUCGCUUGCGCUCUUUUAUUUCCCAAAGCCUACUCGCUUUUCCAUGUCAACGACACGCGCGCUCCUACCAAGGCCAGCAGCAAGCUACGCCCCCCGCGUCGUCGUCGUUGCUGCUGUCGGUAGAUUUUCAUCAGUAUCGUCGUGCACGUCGCGCCCACGCCACUGGGAGAUUCCGACGAGGGUCGCCGACGGCAUCGAACGUCGGGAGUCGCGGCGGCGGAGGAGGAGGAGGAGGACGUGCGGUCGUAUCGGCGUCGCUCCUGCCAGCCUGAGAUGAGCGACCAUGGUUGCAUACAUUUGAAUAAUUUCAAAGCGGCCAAGGGUAUCCAGCCCUACAAAGUGAUACACGCGUACUUCGUGACCAGCACAUCGACCGAGGCACGCGUCAGGAAGGCUGUGAGCUGUUUAUGUCAUACAUGUAAUACUUAUAAAGACCGCCUACAUUCUUGUCUUCAUUGUAUAUUUUUUGGCUGCUAUGUAAAGGGUCAUAUACAAGAGCAUGCGAAAACGAAGAAACAUUUCCUAGCUGUUGAUUUGUGUUACGGGAAUAUUUUGUGCUUCCAAUGUGGCGACUACGUAUACGACAGAGAGUUGCUGGCAGUGGCAAAGUCGCAAUGGAGUGCUUCAGCAAAAUCCCUGAGCUUUGGAGAAUUUUACCGAGCAUGGGAGCCAACGCAGAUAGAGACCGAGUUGUUGAGGAAGCAUCCGCGUCGAAGACGUGUCGCAGAAAACUCUACUAUAGGUUUAAGAGGAUUGAUCAAUCUUGGCAGCACUUGUUUUAUGAACUGCAUCGUACAGGCGUUGAUUCACACUCCGUUGCUACGGGACUACUUUCUUGCUGACCGUCACCACUGCCCGCAACCGACUCGCUGCCUGGUCUGCGAGGUAUCCCAUCUGUUCCAGGAGUUCUAUUCCGGCAGUAAAGCGCCGCUGACACUUCAUAAGCUCCUUCAUUUAAUCUGGACGCACGCCAGGCACUUGGCUGGCUAUGAGCAACAGGACGCUCACGAAUUCUUUAUCGCGACGCUGGAUGUCCUUCACAGACAUUGUGAAGCCGCUCCAAUACUGGUCAAGGAUAAUCCUCAUCAUUGUAACUGCAUCAUUGAUCAGAUAUUUACAGGAGGCCUUCAAAGUGACGUUGUUUGCCAGGCUUGCAAUGGAGUGUCCACUACGAUAGAUCCGUUUUGGGAUAUAUCUUUGGAUCUGGGUCCGGCAGCCGGUGCUUCUGGUUCUGAUACAUCCGGUCCUCCCACCUCUCUGUUAGAUUGUCUGGAGAGAUUCACCAGAGCUGAACAUCUGGGUUCCACAGCGAAGAUCAAGUGUAGCAAUUGCCAGACCUACCAGGAGAGCACGAAACAGCUGACGAUGAAACAAUUGCCGAUUGUGGCGAGCUUCCAUCUGAAACGUUUCGAGCAUUCCAGCAUACAAGAUAAAAAAAUCUCCACUUUUAUCUCGUUCCCGGAACAAUUAGAUAUGACGCCGUUUAUGUCGCAUAAGCGCAAUGGCAAUAACAACAGCGCCACAAUAGAUGGCUUGUCGAAGAAUGGAGAAGAUAUGACAUUCAGCGAUAACAGGUACUCUCUUUUUGCCGUGAUAAAUCAUGAGGGUUCCUUAGAGACUGGACAUUACACCGCCUUCAUCAGGCAACAGAGAGAUCAAUGGUUCAAAUGCGACGAUCACUUGAUUACGCGAGCUAGAUUGAAGGAUGUUUUGACUAGCGAAGGAUACCUUCUGUUUUAUCAUAAGCAAAUCUUAGAAUAUGGCCGGAACAGUAAGGCGUGAGAGAGGAAAAAAAGAGAGGGAGAGAGAAAGUGUGUGUGUGUGCAAAAAAGAAAGAUUAAGUCAUGUAAUUAAUUUAUUUAACAAAGAAUUAAUAAUCGAUGCUGUUAGACGUCGGUGACGCUUUACGUUUGCCGGAAAUGAAUUAUUGUCGCCGUCGCUUUUUGGUUUCCGCCGGCGCCUUUUGUGUUCGAUGGGGUAAGCCGACUGACUGCCCGAUCGACAUCUUUGUAUGUCAUAAACGUAACGUAAGCGUAGGUGUUAAGAUUAGCUCAAUUUUUUUAAAUCGACCGAUUGCAAUUUUUGUAUAUCGCUGACUGUUGUUAUACUCCUGCCCUGACACUUGUAUACACGAUACGCCAGGGAUGGACCAUAGGAGAGUCUCCUAUUUAGUUCCUGCACACGCCAGCAGAAUAUUGAUGUUGCCGAUCUCUGAAAUGUUCCAGCAAACGCAUAAUAUCGAAUCAUUUAUCAAGCAUUAUCGAACAUUUUAGUAUUAUAUAAAUAUAUAUACACAUAUAUAUGUACACACACACACACACAUAUAUAUAUAUAUAUAUGUGUGUGUGUGUGUGUGUAUAUAUGCAUACAUUUAUAUAUGUAUAACCAAUAAGCGUUUAAAUCCAUAUUUUUAAAUCAAGUCAUUUUCAUGAUCAACACAAUAAUUGAAAUAUCAUGCAUUUUUCCUUGAUAUUAUACAAAGAUUAAAUUUUCGCUAAAAAUCCAAUAUUUCAUAACUUGAUACUUUCUUGCGCGAAUUUGUUGUGUAUCUUGUACAAUGAUACGUUUUAUUAAUUACGAUGGCCAUCCCUAGGCGACUCGAUUUUGUACAGACGAAAUAACGUAUUAUAGUGAAGAUGAGAACAUUGUGUGACUCGAGGCGAACUCUUUCGCUGGACUUUGUAUAAUAAAAAUCGCUGUUCGACAAAACUGUCGCUCUGGUUGCCCGUUCCACUCUUAGUUUUCUCUAAUUUUUUUUUUAUAUACAUAUAUAUAUAUAUAUAUAUAUAUAUAUAUAUAUAUAUAUAUAUGCAUGUAUAAAAUAUUACAUUAUAAUAUUUUAUAUAUAUAUAUAUAUAUAUUUAUCUUUUUGUAUCUUGAAUUGUCACUCAUGAAAUAUGCGACGCAACCAUAGUGCCAAAUACUCGGAAGCGCAACAUUCAAUUUAAAUCUCGGGAUGUACAUUUUCGUUAGCACAGUAUCCGAUUAACGAAACGGGUUUCCACUAACGAGUACAGAGGACAACAAAGGAAUUAUCGUUGACGAUUUCUAGAUUUUUAUGGAACUUUUAAGGAAAUGUAAGCUGGUAUAUCUUCAUUUUAUGUCAAUUGCGUGUUUUAUCCUUUUAUUUUAACAUUCUUGAUUUGUCAUUGUACGCGCAUUGAAUUAUGUCAGUUGAGAAAUCAUGUGAACCUUUCUUAUGCAUUAUACAUAUGGAAAUAAAAUAAUUUUUUGUAUGUGAUAUAUCUACAAAUUGUACGUGCUACUCUGUACUCAUUGGUUUAUAUAUUGUGUUCAUCAAAACAAAUAUACUGCACGUCAGAGUUCAUCCUUUUGGGUCAAGCGUCCGUUGUGGACGUCAAGAACGAGUAUCGUAUAAUCAAUGAAUUGUCCGCGUUGAUCUAUCCAUAUCGAUCUUAGAAUGGAUUUUGUUAUGACAUAUGACAAACACUACAUGUUGAGAGAUGAUACUACUACACGUGCAGUUGUAACGUUUUAUAUAAGGCUGAAAUACACGUAUAUAGAAAUAAAAAACUAUAUUUCACCGAAA